CUCGCUGGAAGGAUGCGGACGGUGGAAGAAGAGAUUCCACUACAGUUAAUUAAGGAGCACUCUGCACGUGCCUGCCGACGCGAGGGGGGCAAAUGAAUUCAGUGUCAAUGGGAGGAGUGAUAUCAGCGCGGUGGAAGUGAAAGAGCUGUGUAAAAAAAAAAAGAAUAAUCUAUUUCUCUGACUCCGGCGUUGACGGUCAUUUUCUGAAUCACUGGACUGUUGCUAUCAAAGUGCGGAGCGGCGGAGUUCCUCUCCUCCAGCCACGUUCACAGUUCCUGGAUGGGAUCGACAUGAGCGGCGUCGUGGAUGGAUUGGUGUCAUUCUGAUUCCGAGAUAUUGUUAUACUCUCUGUUGGGUUGUUGCUCAGAUGUGUCCUGUCAUGUCCUGGCUGCUCUGCCUGAGCCUCUGGGUCAGUGUGACGGCCAUUCAGAUGUGUCAGGCCACUUUCUACGACACCAUCACACAUCACCACGGGACGAGGCCCGGACGGACCACCAUCCACAUGAUCGAGGGCGGCACAUGUGAAGUAAUUGCUGCUCACAGAUGUUGUAAUAAGAAUCGUAUCGAGGAGAGGUCGCAGACGGUCAAGUGUUCCUGUCUGCCGGGGAAGGUGGCGGGAACCACCAGGAACAGACCUUCAUGUGUCGACGCCUCCAUAGUAAUUGGGAAGUGGUGGUGCGAGAUGGAGCCUUGCCUGGAGGGGGAGGAAUGCAAGACGCUCCCUGACAACUCGGGCUGGAUGUGCUACGCCGGCAACAAGAUCAAAACCACGAGGAACACGCAGCCAUACACGACAUCAACAUAUUAACACUUUGUGGAGAGAGGAUUGUGAGGAAACGCCUCCGGUCCAAAGGGUUAAUUUGCAGCACAGGACCAAGGACCAAUUACCACAGAGACAAUGAACUUAUUGUUGUGAACACUUCUUAGAUUUAAGUGUCAGAAGAAGAAGAGAAAAAUAAAGAUGUAGAAUACAUAAAGCACAUCCUGCUCCAGGCUUGUGAAAAUACCGACGCUCCGAGGCUGCCUGCGGGGGAACUUCAUCAUAACCUUGUAAUGAAUUUAGUUUCAUCGUUUCUUUCUAACUGUGAGAUGGAACAUGAAUGUCAGGAGAUCAUCUUAUGUCCCUCUUCAAACAUGAUGUGAGACCAGACGUCUACAAGGAAGCCGACGGACCGGAGAGGAAUCCAUCAGAGGACGUGGGAGGAGCACGAGCAGCAAUUGACAGCCCUCAGGAUUUUAUUUAAAUUUUUUGUACAUACAUUGUCAAUUCUUGUGUACACAACCUCGAUUUAUGGUGGUGGUGAAUUAUGAAUCAUUCAAGUCCCUGAAUGCUUUGUUGAUCUUCCCUCUUCUUUCCCACGAAACUUCAACACAGUCGAACUUCUGACGAGUUUGAGUGUGCAAUGUGAAGUCGAAACAGAUGCAUCGCUGGGGAGAUAUUUUACAAAUCCAGCUCGUGUGUCUUGAUACUGUACAUUUUACCACUUGUUUGUACUCGUUUGCCUCUGAUCACCUCUUUACCGACUUUGCCAGUCGUACAUGGAAACGUGUCAGCUACCCCGCGUGAACGGAGUGAAUCGCCAAAAAAUGUGACGCCAGUGGGUUGUUUUCGAUACUUGAAAUGCCUUAUUCGUGUCAAAUCAUUCACAUGAUGAUAUUGUAUAUAUGAAGCCAUCGAUUGAUAUGUGCUGAAAUUUCAUUAAAAGUAAUUGUUCCUGUAA